CAUACCCUAAGCCACCAUGCUGGGGCCUUCGAGACCAUGGCAGAGCAUGUCAGCGGUACAGGCGCUGGUCGAACAAGCAUGCGACCCGACGCUGCCCGCACCCAACGAUGCGGUCAAUAUCGAACUAGCCGAGUUGAUCAACCGUAAAAAGGCCAACAGUGCCCGUGAAGCGUGUCAUGCUCUAUUGACACAUAUCAACUCGCGAAAUCCAAAUCAGGCCCUCCUCGCUCUUUCAGUACUCGAGCAUCUAGUUCGCAAUUGUGGUUAUCCUGUGCAUCUACAGAUCUCUACGAAAGAGUUCCUCAAUGAAUUGGUCAGGAGGUUCCCGGAGCGUCCACCAAUGGUCACGGGAAGGGUAAUGGGGAGGAUCCUCGAGUUGAUACACGAGUGGAAAAACACCCUCUGUGUCCAUUCCAAAUACAAGGAUGACCUGGUCCACAUUCGCGACAUGCACAGGUUGUUGAGCUACAAGGGUUACCGGUUCAAGGCUUUUGACGCUGCGCGAGCCAUGGCGUCGAGCAAUCCGAACGAGGAUUUGAAAUCGCCCGAAGAGCUGGAGGAGGAGGAUCGAGCAGCAAAAAGUGCAAAGCUGCAGGAACUGAUCCGUCGUGGGACUCCGAGAGAUCUCGCAGCCGCCCAAGACCUCAUGAAGGCUUUGGCAGGCGCCGAACCAGACAAAGCUCCAGACUACGCUUCUCAAACCCUUGGCGAAUUGGAAAAGGUUCAAUCCAAGGCGAUACUGCUCAAUGACAUGCUCAACAAUGCCAAAGAGGGAGAGAGGAUUGGGGUAGAUGGCGAUGUGUAUGAUCAGGUAGCAGCUGCUUGUCGAGGAGCCCGGCCAAAGAUCCAGCGUUGGAUAGAGCAGGAUGCGGGUGAAAGGGAAGGAAUGAUGGAACGACUCUUGCUCUGCAAUGACUUGAUCAACAACGCUCUAGACAGGUAUGAGGCGUGCAAAGUCGGAGAUUGGGCCAAGGCACAAGCACUGGUAGAAGCGAGCAACCCGAAUAAGAAAGCCGCCGAUCUCAUCUCCUUUGACGCCUUUGCAGACGAUGAGCCCAUGGGCGGAGGCGUAUCCCUGCCAGCCGACGCGGGGUCCUCAAGCGCCGGCAUGACCUCGUCAGGUUUACCGCUAGACUUGUUCACAGCGCCUUCACCUACACCUUCACCCGGAUUGGCCCCCGAACGCAAAGUAUCCGGACAGAGGACGAACCCGAUGGACUUUUUCAACAUCCCCGGUCCCCAGGGGAGCAUGGGCUGGAACUCUGGGAGAUCGGCGCAGGUACAGCAGCAGCCGAUGCAGGGGUACUCGCUCUCACCGGCUCCGCAAAGUACAGCAGCGUACGCACCCCAACAGCCGCAGCAGCAAGCUCCUCAGCAAGCUCCUCAGCCAGCUCCUCAGCCACCUCAGCCGAAGAAGGACGCGUUCGCAGAUCUGGUCAAUCUGAUGGACUAGGUGCGGGGGAUAUCAUU